AUGAGUUUCCUAAGUUGGAACUGUUGUGGGCUUGGGAACCCACAGACAGAAGAUGAGCUGGUUGCCCUAGUGACAACAAAAGAUCCCAAAAUAGUUUUCUUGAUGGAAACUAAGGUUGAAAAAUGUGCUUUCGACAAAAUUGGUAGAAGGAUACAUUUUACUAAUCUAUUUUUUGUCCCAUGUGUCAAGUCAGGUAGGGGCCUUGCUUUGUUCUGGAAAUCUGAUGUGGAUGCUAGUGUUCAGACCUCAUCUGAGUGUCACAUUGAUGUUGUUAUUAACCAAGGAGAGGAUGACACUUGGCGGUUUACGGGUUUCUACGGAGAUCCUGAUACUGCCAGCCGGGAAAACUCCUGGGAUUUACUUCGAUCUUUGAGUCAUCGGUUCAAUUUUCCUUGGAUGUGCAUGGGCGAUUUUAAUGAGAUUUUGUUUGCUAAUGAGAAAGUGGGGUGGUUAGAUAGAUCGGAGAGGCAAAUGCAAGGAUUCAGGGAUGCUUUGGACUAUUGUGCUUUGAAGGAUAUGGGCUAUACGAGAUUCCCAUAUACUUGGUGUAACAGAAGGCCUGGUGACCAAAAUACUUGGAUUCGUCUAGAUAGGGGUGUGGCGACUGUAGAUUGGGUUUUUCGAUUUCUAGCUUUUCAUAUUCAUCAUCUGGAUGCUUUUCACUCUGACCAGAAACCUCUUCUGCUUUGUUCAGAUUCAGAAUUUAAGCGUUUUUACAAGAAAGGCUGCCCCUUCCGAUUUGAAGCCAUGUGGUUAAAAGAUAAUACUUGUGAAGAGGUAAUAAAGCAAUCUUGGGAGGGUGAGAGCGACCCUAACAUAGAUUGGGGUUUUAACAGGAAGCUCACGGCUUGCCAAUUGAACUUAAGAGUCUGGAAUAAGAAUUGUUUCGGGCAUGUGCGUAAUACUUUGGCCAAGAAACUCAAGGAUUUAAAGUAG